GGGGGGGGGAAGAUGAUGCUGAGCGUGUUGAAGUUUACGUGCGCCAUCGUGACCAGGGCGCUCUUUCUCUUCGUGUCGCUGGCGGGCGUGUGGCGGGUGACAUGGGUGAAGGGGGACAACAUCUUCUGGCUCCUCACGCUGCUCUUCGUGCCGCUCCUGCUGGAGAUGAUCGUCACGCUGAAGAGGAGGAAGGGACAAGAUUAUAAAUGGUUUUCCCCUCCAAUCUUUCUCUUUCUCAUCAGUAUCAUUCCCUCCAUUUGGAUUCUGGAGCUGCACUACCAGCAGGACAAAGCCAGCGACCCUCAGUGCAACAAGCUGGACUCGUGGGAGAACGUGAAGCGAGUGAUCACCCUGAACGAGACCACAGGGACAAACCUCACAUACCAGAACUACCUGGAGAACAUCAACCAGGCGUUGUGCUCCAACGAGUGGAUCCUCGCUCUUCAUCAGAUCCUGCUCAUCCUCCUCAUUGUGGGAAAAUGGCUCCUGCCCCUGGGGGGCGGCGUCACCAGAGACGAGCUCUCUCAGUUGCUUCUGAUCUUUGUCGGCACGGCGGCGGACAUCCUCGAAUUCACGAGUGAGACGCUGUCAGAUGUCAAAGAGAACAGUCCUCAGUUGGUCUAUAUUAUCUUAGCCGUAUGGACAUGGAGCAUGUUGCAGUUCCCUCUACAUUUGGCCGUAGUGAACUCCAAGUCGGACCCUGUUGAUGACCAGGAUGCACAGGAGGUUUCCCUCUUGACCAAACACAGCACGGACAUUUGGGGUAUCGUGGAGGCUUUGUUUAUCCAGGACGGGCCCUUCCUGAUGGUGCGGCUCACUGUCAUGACCUACUUCGACGUCUUCCACCAGAUGCUGGUCUUCUUUGCCAUUAAGAACUUCCUGGUAGUCAUUUUGAACGUGUACAGGUUGGCCGUCAUAUGCCAGGACUUCAGACCUUCCCGGAGUGGCAGUGGUCUGGGCAGCGGCAUCCCAUAAUUAAAAAGGGGAACCCUGAGUCAUUCUGUAUUGAUUGGACGAUAAUACUCUUGUGUUGUCUUCGUGUGUCCCGCAAAGUCAGUUCAUUUGGAAAAGUACUAUUUUCAAUCUUGUUCUUACACUUUAUACCACAUUUACUGUCCAUGCUUGAUGCUGCUAACCUCACUUUACAGUUGAUCAAUGCUUAUAGUAGAGGAGUGAGUGGACUGGAGUAACCGCAGUGGUGUUAAAGCUGAAGAUACCAGCAGGCAAACAGGAAAAGAGAAAGCGGUACAGGAACAAAGAGGGGUCUGGAAAUUUCUGGUUCCUUUUGAAAGUGUGUUAGCACAAAAACAAAACAAAAAAACAAAUAAAAAUAGUCCUCAAUCUUGGAUAAGAUAAGACUUUCCAUCCCGAUUCUUGCAGUCUGAGCAUUAAGGUCAGAAGACAUGGGAAAACUCCUUGUCUGUUAAGUGCUGACGGAAUCCAGAGAUUGAAGGGAGCGUUUGAACUCAACCAGGAAGAUGAAACAGAACGUACCCAACUGUAAACACUGGGUAAUUAUUUGAUUUAAUGCUGACUCAGACUGUUCAUUUUUUUUUUUUUUUUUUUAACAGAUAACAAUUUUAAAGCAUUGGUGUCAUUUUUAAACAUGCUAUAAAAAAGCCAAAUAAGACCAUAAAAAGCCCCUGACAGUGUCCCAUUGGGAAUAAUGUACUGUAAACUGCAUUUCUUGAGGGGCAAAAUAGGUAUCUCCACAAGAGCUUUAUUCGGUUCGUGUUAUUGCUUAAAAACACAGGGUUUAAUUAUUGUUUUUUUAUGUUACUUUGAAUAAGCCUCAAAAAUGAAUCUGUCCCAUUGUCCUGAUUUGUGUAUGACUUUUUAAAAAAAUGGUAUUACACAAGCAAUGAUUCCACAGUAAUGGUUAUAAUGAUUAGCUAUGUCCUUACAGCAUGACAUGUAGUUUAUUUGGAUCAACAGUUUUAUUAAUGUUAAUGUCCUGGUAUUCAUAACUUGUUUCAUACAAAAUAGGACCUCGCAUUUUAGUCAUUUUCUCCAGUACAGCCACAUGUCGCCUCAAAGUGGGCAGUAAUUGCAGUAACACAUACUGAUGAUGUAAUCUGUUCAAAAUGAUUUGGCUAGUGAAUCACUGACAGUUUUAAGUAAAAAUGUGGGAAAUGAAUUCGUUUGUUAGCAAUUAAUACUUCAUACAUACUACACAGGACACCAUAUGUCACCAAAAUAGCUUCACAUUUAUGUAACUUAAUGCUGUUAGCAAAAACGUUGAUACAUACUGUGAAGUUGACAGGCUAAUGCUAUUGGCGAACAUAAGAGGUGACAAGUCUUGUUUGACGUAGUUAUCGCAGUGCAUUCUGGGAUGUGUAGUAUGUACGGUGCGUGCCUCUCUGACAACAAGUUUGAACAGGUGAAGAGAUUCCCUUUGACUCGCUAGCAGGCUAAGCUUUCAGAAAACAGAGAUUUACCUCUUGCCAAAGGAAAGGAACAAUUAAACAAAAAAUUAAACAGGUGAACGCGUGUUUAAACAUUUUCCUCCUGUGUGUCUCUUAAACUUAAUUCAAACUAGUGACGAGGAACCAAUGAGGAGUUUCAAAGGGGCUAGGGACAGGUACGUCGCCACGAUGUCGCAGCUAUCGCGGUGCAUUCUGGGAGUUGUAGUACCCGGUCCCGCGGCAUUAUGCUACAUUAUAUCUUCCCGCCCAAAUAUAAUUACGUUGUGCUACCUAUUAUUCUUCAUUUUGAAAAAAAGAAUUUCAAAAAAUCCAUUAUAAUUAUCAAUAUUACGGUUUAUAUUGCGUUAAUUCACUGUACUGUCUUUGUAGUGUACUGCUUCUUUUUAGAUGUAAUUGCAAGUUCACCCUGAUCGCAAGUUUUACCUUCUGCUGGACUUUUGGCAGGCAUUUGAGAUCAGAGUUGUCCAAUGUCUGCUUUACGAGAAUGAAAUCAUCUUUAAUUCGAAAAACGAUGGGUCAGUUACUUUGUAGCUGUAUUAUAAUGAGCUAUUGUUUCAAUUGAUUAA